CCUAUACAAAUACAAACCCGUCGAUCUGCAGGGUGCUGGGGCCGGACACGCCGCGAGCAAAGCGAACCGAAGAUGGCCUCCAUGAAGCUCUCCGUCACCUUCCUCCUCCUCCUCUCCGGGCUCGCCGUGUUCGGCGGGACUGCGGCGGCGGCGGCGAAGGCGUGCGGGGUGCAGUGCUUCCAGGGCGGCUACAUCACCUGCGACAACUACCCGGGGAAGCAGCUGGAGGGGUGCGCCUGCGAGUGCGCGCCCAGGAACGGCAAGAACUGCGUGCUCCACCUCCUGAGCAGUGGCACCACGUCCAACUGCACGGUGGCGCAUCAGGCGUAGCAACAGCUACCGCCUGGACCAGGAGAGCCCGACCCACAAGUUCGUGUUUCUUGGUGUCCGAGAAACAAUACCGUAGCAUCUCGGAAGAAAUGCGUGAAUGGUGAUGGAAUAAUGUUGCGGAAUAAUAAAGUAGCAGUGUGAUAUAUAUGCCUCGCUUGGUUACCGGUCCUUGAGUUGGCUUUGUUGUAGUCUCCCUGGUUUCGUCUUUAAUUUGUACCUCGGUUACUUAUCCAUUGUAAACUUUUUUGAAAAAAAUAUUAAGUGAAAGUAAAAUGAAA